ACUGCCUUCUGGACUUUACUGCCUUAUCACGACACUACAAUCUGUUUAUAUACAGCACUUGUACCUUCUCACACUCGCACACGGAGGAGCACAACAGAAGGCCUUUUAUAUUGUUUGGAUUAAAUAAUCUUUUUUUCUUUUAAAUUCUUCACAUAAUCAUGAAGGUCCUUGUAGUUUUUGUUAUCACAGCUUUCUGCGGUGAGUACAUUUGUCAAUUUACUCACUUUUGAAUGAAGGAUACCAUCAGAGUUGUAACAAUUUUUACCUUAUGUUAAUUGUAUUGUAAUUCUGGUUUAUUUAAUAGGUUGCCAUGCCAAUAUGAUGUGGCCGGACCAAGCAGAGCCCAGUAUGGAGCUGGUGAAAAAUGCAUUCUGGAAUUAUGUCGCACAGGCAACCCUCACAGCCGAGGACACAAUGCAGAUGAUCAAAAAUUCUGAACUGGGACAAGAUAUCAAUGACAAGAUCUCUAAAAGUGCAGAUGCCGUGAACGACUACACCCUGACCAUUCGAGGUCAAGUGACUCCUCUGACCCAAGAGCUGUUGGCCAAACUUUCACAGGAGGCAGAUCAGCUGAAACUGCGUAUGGAACAGGAACUGACAUCUGUGCAGUCCCAGCUCAAGCCUUAUUAUGAAGAGCUUAGAGAUGAUAUUCAAAAGCAGGUCGAGCAGAUGAAGAAGGACGUGACUCCAUAUGCAGAGACCCUAAACUCUGAAGCCCUGAAAUCUAAACUACUCCAGGGGGCCGAGGACUUGAAGGCAAGCCUGGAGAGAAAUCUCAUGGAGCUGGGACCCCAAACCGAGGAGCUCAAGCAGAAACUGGACCAACACCUCCAGGACUUUCAGAUGAACAUGGCUCCAUUAGCUCAAAGCUUCCAGGCUCAGCUGGCCCAGAGAAGUCAGGAGAUUCAGAAGAGCAUUAAUACAGAGGAGCUGAUCAGCAAACUGGAUCCAUAUGCUCAGGACCUGAAGGCUCAGUUAACAUCUUUCUGGGAAUCUUUUGUCAACAACAAGCAGUAAAAUGAAAGGACACUCCACUGCUUUUGUUACCGUUCUGGUUAAUAUGCAUUAACAGCUUGCUUUUUGUUUACAGUUGCACCAAAUAUUCUUCUUUGUUCA